AUGGCAAGCCCUGAGAGGGCAGCAGAGCCCGAAAUAGUCACACAGUCCACAGAACCAGCACUCGAACACGAACAAAAUGCUGCAGUAGAGCAAGCCAACACCCCCACAGAAAUUCCUUAUGAAGUUCAUUCAAUUUUCAGUCCAAACAACAAGAAAUUCAUCAUCCUCACAGCCUCCACCGCGGCGUUCUUCUCUCCUCUAUCGUCAAAUAUUUACCUGCCUGCUCUCAAUUUGCUGGCUCGCGAUUUACAUGUCAGUGAUAGCAAAAUCAAUUUGACGGUCACAACUUAUUUAAUAUUCCAAGCAAUUUCACCCUUGAUGGUAGCUGGAUUUUCCGACAACUCAGGUCGACGACCAGCAUAUAUCAUCUGCUUCAUUUUCUACGUCGCCGCCAAUAUCGGCUUAGCUCUCCAAAAUAAUUAUGUAGCUCUUCUCAUUUUAAGAUGUUUCCAAAGUGCAGGAAGCAGCGGAACAGUAGCUCUUUGCCAAGGAGUAGUCGCCGACAUAGCAACUUCCGCCGAAAGAGGAAAAUACGUCGCAUACUCUUCAGUCAGCACGAUUCUCGGACCAACUCUAUCACCCAUCAUAGGAGGUCUCCUGAGUCAAUACCUCGGAUGGAAAGCCAUAUUCUGGUUCUUGACAAUCUUCGCCGUGCCCAUAUUCAUCCUUCUCAUGCUCUUCCUUCCAGAGACAUGUCAUAAAGUCGUAGGCAAUGGCUCUAUACCACCAACUCAUUUCCUCAACAAAUCUGUAAUGAGUUAUCUCAUCGAGAAGAAGCUCGCCAAAGAAGGCACACCAAUCGACCGCGCCCAACAAGAAGCCUUAGCCAAAAACACGUAUUGGAAAUUUCCAAAUCCACUCGCAACACUCGUUGUUCUCUUUAACAAAGAAGCCGCUUUCCUAAUGCUAUACAUCGGUCUUCUCCUAGCAGUCCACUACUUAAUCCUCUCCGGAAUCCCAUCCAUCUACGCAGCAACUUACAACCUCAACGAAAUCCAAAUCGCGCUCGUAUACAUUCCCUAUGGAUUCGGAAGUGUAGUCUCAGCUUUCACAACCGGAAAACUGGUUGAUUGGAAUUAUCGACGCCACGCAAAACGUCUUGAUUUCCCUCUCGUACUCAAUCGGAAAUUGGAUUUAACUGACUUUCCCAUCGAGAGAGCAAGACUCGAGGUAGCUUUGCCCCUUCUCUAUUUCGGUAGUGCUCUUAUCAUCGUUUACGGCUGGCUCUUGACUCUGAAUGUCAGUUUGGCAGGCCCUCUUAUUCUGCUUUUCUUUAUUGGUUGGUGUAUUUUUGCAAUAUAUCAGGUGACAGCUAUCCUGGUUGUGGAUAUAUAUCCUGAUAAUCCAGCGACAGCUACAGCAGCGAAUAAUUUGAUUAGAUGUUUGUUUAGUGCGGGGUCGACGGCGGUCUGUGUACUUAUGUUGCAGGGGAUUGGGAGAGGUUGGACUUAUACGCUUGCGGCACUGUUGUUUGUGGCGCUGAGUCCGGUGUUGUGGGUUUUGAUUAAGUUUGGACCUGGGUGGAGGAGGGUGAUAAAGGAGAGUAAGGGGGGAAAAAAACUAGAGGGGAUUUGGAUUAUACUGCGGAGCUCAGGGAUUUGAGUACGAGUCAGGACAACGAUGGAACUAUCAUUCUUGAGACGAAGUGAAUUAUAUAGACAAUAGAAUAUGAG